GCGCGGGCGCCCGGGGGCGGAGGAGCCGGGGAGGCGGGAGGCGCUGGGGCCGUUUAAGCGGCCUCCCCUCCCGCCCCUAGCCGCCGGUUCUGACUCCGGACCUGUCCCGACCCCCAGUCUGGCCCAUUCCCACUCUGCCCCGCCGAGCGGCCCCGCUGGGCACGCGGGCGGCCCCUGUAGCAACUCAAGCCCAUGAGGGCCGCGCGCCCGGCCGCCGGUGCUGACGAGACGGAGCUCCCCGGCCCCCGAGGAGGAGCGGAGGAUCAAUGCGGUUCAAGAAUCGAUUCCAGCGGUUCAUGAACCAUCGGGCCCCAGCCAAUGGCCGCUACAAACCAACUUGCUAUGAACAUGCUGCUAACUGUUACACACAUGCAUUCCUCAUUGUUCCAGCCAUUGUGGGCAGUGCCCUCCUCCAUCGGCUGUCUGAUGACUGCUGGGAAAAGAUAACAGCAUGGAUUUAUGGAAUGGGCCUCUGUGCCCUCUUCAUCAUAUCCACCAUAUUUCACAUUGUAUCAUGGAAAAAGAGCCACUUAAGGACAGUGGAGCAUUGGUUUCACAUGUGUGAUAGAAUCGUUAUCUAUUUCUUCAUUGCUGCUUCUUAUGCUCCGUGGUUAAAUCUCCGUGAACUUGGACCCCUGGCAUCCCAUAUGCGUUGGUUUAUCUGGCUCAUGGCAGCUGGAGGAACCAUUUAUGUAUUUCUCUACCAUGAAAAGUAUAAGGUGGUUGAGCUCUUUUUCUAUCUCACAAUGGGAUUUUCUCCAGCUUUGGUGGUGACAUCAAUGAAUAACACCGAUGGACUUCACGAACUUGCCUAUGGGGGCUUAAUUUAUUGCUUGGGAGUUGUGUUCUUCAAGAGUGAUGGCAUCAUUCCAUUCGCCCAUGCCAUCUGGCACCUCUUUGUGGCCACGGCAGCUGCAGUGCAUUACUACGCCAUUUGGAAAUAUCUUUACCGAAGUCCUACAGACUUUAUGCGACAUUUGUGAUCAAUCCAUACGAGGUCUCCAAACCAGUAUUAUUUCAAUUAGGGCACUUGGGAGUAGAGUAGAGCUGAAAAUUGCACAGAAAAAAAACAGACAACUGCACUGACUUUCUUUAUAUCUUUUGAAUAUAAUUACUGUGAAUACAUAAAAGCUGUGUUCUGGAAUUUUCCCCCCUCACAGCAAAUACAUAAGAUAGUGAACUAAUUAUUCAUUCCAUUCCACUAUCAUGAAGGACUUUGGAUAGAUUUGGCCAACUGAUGUUUACAAACCAGGAUUUUGUAUUUUCAUUUUACAGACUUUACUACAUUAUUUUUCUAAAUUCUAGGUCAGGUUGUCAAAGUCAGUGCAAUAACAAAGCUACCUUUUUAAGAAAAAAAUUGUUUCUAUCACUUUCCCAUUAGCUGUGUAAAGAAUCAUGGACAGAACUUACACUGAUUUUUACCAUGUUUCAUCUUGGCAUAACAUGGUUAUUUUUUAACUAAAAACUUUAGUUUUUUGUAAAUUUUUAAAAAAUAUCCAUUGAAGCGCACCUCUGCGGUUCUUCAUUCAUGUGAAUUUUUGCACCAAGCACUCAACAUUCCACAAAGGAACAAAUGUUAUACCUCUACUAAUAGUUUUAUUAAGUGUGGAUAAAUAGCCAAUUUUUAAAAACUGAAGUUUUCCAAACUUUUUUGCCAACCUCUGACUCUGAAUUCAGUGCUGCUUUGGGUCAUAUACUUGAUCUAGUGGGGUUUACCAGUGAUGGAAAAGUAUUUUGAUAUCACUAACUUUUUCAGAAGACCCAGCUUUUCCUCUAUGCCUUUGCCGUGUGUUCUUCAGGGUCUCUUUCAACACUGGAUGAGUGUUCACGUCCAUAUUACAAUAGUAUUGCUGGCCAUCUGCUGAGAACUGAACAGUGUUAUGAAUUGCAGUGAAGUUAUAUUUCCUGUUUGGUGUCUGGUGGUUAAGGCAUUGUCACUUAGCUUUCCAUGAUCAGUUUGAUGUUCAUUUUAAAUUGUGGAAUUAAAUGCAUAAAUUCACUUUUCUACCUUUCCUCUGCAUCUCCAUAUAUAUAUAUAUAUAUAUAUAUAUAUAUAUAUAUAUAUAUAUAUAUAUAUAUAUGUUUUGUUUUUUUCUUUUUCUUCAUAGAAAAGUAUUUAAAGCAUUGUAUGACAGAUAGAAACUCAUGUACCUGUAGUUCAUGGGUUAUAUUCUGGCUCAGUGAGUGAUAUUUAAUAUUAUUUUUGGUUUCCUCUUAGUGUCUUAUAUUAAGAUUAACACAUGAAUUGCUUUGCUGAUUAAUCUCUCCUGUUGGUGUUUUAAUAAAUUAAACGAUCUUGCCUUUAGAUCAGAUGCCAGAUACUGCCUCUUUCCUAGUUAUUGGCUUGAUCAGUGGAUUUGUCUAUUAAUUUGAUGACAUUUAGGUUUUCUAAUUGAAUUUUUGUACCGAUGUGGCUUUAAAAGUGGACUUAUUUUGUGUGUAUAUAUUUAGAACUUCCUGAUUUUGGUGAGCUAUAUAGGAAUGAGGCACAGAAGAACUGGUAUUUACUAGUGAAUUCUUAAGUAGGCAAGGUACUCUGUGAUAGCACCAACCGCACCAUACCUGUAUGCAUGAUUCUCAACAUCUGGAUGCCUGUUGUUUCACUGUGCAUAUUUCAUUUUUAAUAUAUUAACUUUCUGUGGAUUCAUUUAAAGUCUGCUCAAAAUAACACUGUCAAAACCACUAAAGUGUAUGUAAAAAUUGUGCUGUAAACUAGAAUAAAGUUGUUACUUGGACUUGU